CCUUGUUCCGUCCUUCACCCACCCAACUCUGUGCUUAUUUCAACCAUGUCGGCCAAGUUGUUCUCCUACGAAGAAGUCUCCAAGCACAGCACCCGCAAGGAUCUGUGGAUGAUCAUUGAUAAGAAGGUGUACGAUAUCACCGCAUUCGUCGAUGAGCAUCCUGGCGGUGAAGAAGUACUGUUGGACGAAGGUGCCAAGGAUGCCAGCGGUCCUUUUGACGAUGUCGGUCACUCGGACGAUGCUCGCGAUUUACUCAAGAAAUACUAUAUUGGUGAUGUCGAUACUUCGUCUACACCUGUUGUUGUAUCAAGACAAGAAACGCAAGUCCUUGAUAAUGGUCCUCAGGGAAAUCCUCUGCGCAUUAUUGUUCCUGUAUUGCUUUUGGCGGGAUACAUUUACUACCGCUUCUUUAUGCAAAACUAAACAUCACCAACGGAGGGAUUUUUGUAGACUUGGUAAAAAAGAAAAGAAAAAACCGAAGACGUUCUCUCUUCACUUACUCUGGAAUAAUAAAUCAAAAUAAUCAAUUGACCAUGU